ACGCUACUUGUACAGUAGCUAGCGACCGUUCCGUUUCUGUUGACUUUUAUCAGCUGUAGCUCCGAGAUGGACCAAAAGUUGGACCCGGGCAGCCUUGAAAUGCGCCUCCAGGCGUUGGAGAACCAAUUAUAUGGCGAAAGAAGAAACAAAAGUGGAAAACCUGUCAAGUGUGCAGAAGCUUUGGUCAGAAUUCAAGCAGGUUUGACCAACACGGCUAACAAGAGAGAGCGAGUAAAGAUCCUCCACAAGAAGAUUGAGGACCUGAUGAAGUACCUGGACCCCCAGUUCACUGACCACAUCACUCUGCCUGAUGCCAUGAAACUAGAGUUCAUCCUUGCAGAGGAGGACUCCUUGCGCUCUGAAGCUGCUUUGUUGGAGCAAGUUAACAGUUUGCAGCCACUUUUGGACAGCACCCAUAUUAGAGAUGUACCUGAACAUGCAACCAAGCUGCAGCGCCUUUCACAGAUUCACAUCAAGCAACAGGACCAAACUGAAGCCCAGGCACAAGAAGUUAAGAAGAUCUUUGAGGAAUACAACAAAAUGAUGUUCCUGUUGUCCAAGCAGUUCACCCAGUGGGAUGAGACGCUGAGGAAGAUGGAGGAAGCCAAAGGAAUCCGACCUGUUGAGUAGUUAGUCUGAAAGCUGAAAGGAGGAGGAGGAGGAGGAGGAUGAAGAUCACUGCACUAUGAUGGGAGCAGACAUGAUACAUUAUGUAGCGGAUUCUACCCCAGUAGGUCAGAAGGAAGAAGGAAAAAAAAAAAGCAAAACAUCAACAGCACUUCAACACAUUUCUUUUUAUUCCUUAUUUUCUGACUCUUUAUUGGUUUGCAGACCAAGAAACUAAUUUCUUUUUAUCACAUUGAAACUUUGAUGUUGCCUAAACGCUGUUAGUGACUGUUUAUUACUUUUAAUGCAAAGUUACUCCGUGAAAUAAUAAAACAACUGAACUGAA